AUGUCCGCCCUUGAUGUAAUAGAAAGAAAGAUCAUCAGCCAUGCUCCAACAGGUUUGGAAUCAACACUUGUUACACAAACACUCCUCCAAGCUGCUCAAAUGAAAGCACAGCAAAAGAGAAAAACAUUAAUUCUUGAUCUUGAUGAAACUCUUGUCCAUUCAGGUUUUCAAAAGCCAGAAUGGUACGACUGUGAAGUUCCAGUUCAGUAUAAUGGCGUUGUUUAUACAAUUUAUGUUCAGAAGAGACCAGGACUUGAUCAGUUCCUGAGAACAAUUGUUACGCUAUACGAUACAUAUAUAUUCACAGCAUCAAUGCCAGAAUAUGCUAUUCCAGUCGUCCAGAAAAUUUUCCCAGAAUUUCCAGUAAAUAGAAUUCUCUCCCGAUACCAUUGCAGAUUAAUUGACGGAAUGCUCGUUAAAGACUUAACAAUAUUCAAGAGGGAUUUAGCUGGAAUGGUUAUUGUUGAUAACUCUCCACAGUGCUAUAAUCUACAACCAGAAAACGGCGUGGAAGUUACUACAUGGGUUGGGGAUCUCAAUGACGAUGAGCUUCUUGAGUAUCUCCUCCCUCUUCUUAUUGACGGCGUAGAAGCUGAUGAUAUUAGACAGUACUUAUAUAAUGCAGCUCAAUAA